AUGAGAGUUCUCCCUGCGACGCUCCUGAUCGGAGCGGCAGCUGCGGCCGCACCUCCGGCUCAGCAGGUCCUCGACCUGCCCACGCAGGGCGCCGACGCCAUCUCCAAGCCGCUCCAUCAUCUCAAGGAGCAUCUGAAGACGCUCACCGAUGAUGCUCGUAGUCUCUGGGAGGAGGUAUCCAAUAUCUUCCCCGGCGCAAUGGAGAGCGUUUCGGUCUUCUCCUUGCCCAAGAAGCACACCCGUCGCCCGGACUCGCACUGGGACCACAUCGUUCGUGGUUCGGACGUCCAGAGCAUCUGGGUUACCGGUGCCAACGGAGAAAAGGAGCGUGAAGUGGAUGGGAAGCUGGAGACGUACGACCUGAGGGUCAAGAAGGUCGACCCCAGCUCCCUGGGUGUUGAUCCCAACGUAAUUAAUUUUAUUCCAGGGUUCUUUGAAUCUCGAAAUGACCCGAAGAAUGACCCCGUCGUCCUCUGGCUGAAUGGUGGCCCGGGAUGCUCGUCCCUCACGGGCUUGUUCCUGGAGCUUGGCCCUAGCUCCGUUGAUGAGAAUCUGCAGCUCCAUUACAACCCAUACUCGUGGAACUCCAACGCGUCGGUGAUCUUCCUGGACCAGCCGGUCAAUGUCGGCUACUCGUACAGCGGGUCCUCCGUCAGCGACACCGUGGCUGCCGGCAAGGAUGUCUACGCCCUGCUCACUCUUUUCUUCAAGCAAUUCCCCGAAUAUGCCACGCAGGACUUCCACAUUGCUGGAGAGUCCUACGCUGGCCACUACAUUCCUGUAUUCGCCUCGGAGAUCCUCUCCCACAGGAAGCGAAACAUCAAUCUUAAGUCGGUCCUGAUCGGCAACGGUCUCACCGAUGGCCACACCCAGUAUGCCUACUUCCGGCCCAUGGCCUGUGGAGAGGGUGGUUACCCGGCUGUCUUGGACGAGAGCUCGUGCCGCUCCAUGGACAACGCCCUGCCUCGCUGCCAGUCCAUGAUCCAGAGUUGCUACGACACCGAGAGCACCUGGGUCUGUGUCCCUGCGGCCAUCUACUGCAACAACGCCAUGCUGGCUCCCUACCAGCGCACCGGCCAGAACGUUUACGACGUGCGCGGCAAGUGCGAGGACAGCAGCAACCUGUGCUACAAGGCCCUGGGCUACACCAGCGAGUACCUCAACCAGCCGGAGGUGAUCAAGGCGCUUGGUGCUGAAGUCGACAGCUACGACUCGUGCAACUUCGACAUCAACCGGAACUUCCUCUUCCACGGCGACUGGAUGAAGCCGUUCCACCGCGUGGUCCCCGGCCUGCUGGAGCAGAUACCCGUCCUGAUCUACGCGGGUGAUGCGGACUUCAUCUGCAACUGGCUCGGCAACAAGGCAUGGACGGAGGACCCUGGAGUGGCACGGGCGGAAGGAAUUCGCGUCGACGGAGCUGGAGGAUCUCGUGAUCGUCAACAACGAGCACCAGGGCAAGAAGAUUGGACAGGUGAAGUCCUCGGGCAACUUCACCUUCAUGCGGAUCUACGGAGGAGGCCACAUGGUGCCGAUGGACCAGCCCGAGGCGAGUCUCGAGUUCUUCAACCGCUGGCUCGGAGGUGA